UUAGCUAACCUUCACAUGUACAUUACAAAACCAGCAAAACCCACAAACCCAUUUUAUAAUACAAGAUUUCAAACAAAGCCAAAGCCCCCCCUCCUUUUUCCUAUUACAAAGUCCCACCCAUCUAUCUUUCUCUCUGCCCUUUUAUUUUUCCUUUUUCCCAAUCUUUGCUUUCUCUUUCCUUUCCUUUCCUUCCACCCAAAAUAUGCUAACCCCUGCAAGAAUGGCUCUUCUUCAUUCUCAUUCUCCAUCUUCUGUGUCUUAUUCUGUGUCAUGUUUUGCAAUUUUGUGCUUGGUUUUCUUGGUUCAAUUUCAUAUAGCUUCCUCAGCUUUGAUAAUGAGCUUGAAGAACCACCAUAACAACAACAAGCACCCUAGAAGAAGCCCAAUGUUCCAAACCAACCAAACAAGUUGUGCGUUGUUUGCCGGAACUUGGGUCCGUGAUGACACAUACCCAUUGUACCAAUACGCAAACUGUCCCAUCAUAGAUGCCGAAUUCAAUUGCCAAAUGUACGGUCGUCCUGAUUCCGAUUAUCUUAAAUAUCGUUGGAGACCCAUCAAUUGUGAGCUUCCCAGGUUCAAUGGGCUAGAGUUUUUGCUGAAAAUGAAAGGGAAAACUGUGAUGUUUGUUGGAGACUCACUAGGAAGGAAUCAGUGGGAGUCUUUGAUUUGCUUGGUUGCGGCUUCAGCUCCCAGCAGUCAAACACAGAUGAUCAGAGGAGAUCCUCUCUCAACGUUUAAGUUCUUGGACUACGGUGUGUCCAUUUCUUACUACCGAGCUCCAUACCUCGUGGACAUUGAUGUGAUGCAGGGCAAAAGAAUCCUACGGCUGGAUUACAUUUCCGGCAACGGAAAUGCCUGGCUGAAUGCCGAUGUGAUUUCCUUUAACACCGGUCACUGGUGGACUCACCAAGGGUCCCUCCAAGGGUGGGAUUACAUGGAAUCAGGAGGGAAAUAUUACCGAGACAUGGAUAGAGUUUCUGCUUUGGAGACGGGGCUUAGAACAUGGGCCAAUUGGGUUGACUCCAACAUUGACAGAACCAGAACCAGUGUAUUCUUCCUUUCUAUUUCUCCUACACACUAUGACCCAAGCGAAUGGAAUGGUGGAGCAAGUAAUGCAGCAACAACAAAGAACUGUUAUGGUGAAACGGCACCGAUGACAGGGACCACAAAGUACCCAACAGGGGCAUACUCGGACCAAAUGAGGGUGCUUGACACAGUUAUAAGGGACAUGAGAGGCCCUGCAUAUUUAAUGGACAUAACCAUGCUUUCUCAGCUUAGAAAAGAUGGUCACCCUUCUAUUUAUAGCGGUGAUUUGAGCCCGGAGCAGCGAGCUAACCCUGCUCGCUCUGCUGAUUGUAGCCAUUGGUGUCUUCCUGGAUUGCCUGAUACUUGGAACCAGCUUUUCUAUACUGCUUUAUUUUACUGAUAAUGUUAUAUGUAAGUUUAUUCUAUAGUUCAUUUUUUGGUCAGAUAUUAAAUGUUUGGAGAGGGUGACAAAGUUACAUCCCUCCGCUCUCUCUAUCUUGUAAAGUAAUAUUGCAGAAUAUUUGUUAGUCUCAGAAUUCAGAAAGUAAUGUUCUAAUUUGCUUAUUCCUAUUUUUUAUAGAUAAUAUAUUGAUUGUUAAUUUAGCCA